AUGGCUCAAGCUAGGCUCACGAUCUUCUUUGCCACCGCCGUCGUCCUCUGCUCGACGGCAGCCUUCACGCCCGCACCGGCGCACUCCGGCCACGCCGCCCGCGCCGGCCUCCUCCGCCACUCGGGUCUCGAGCAGCAGUACACGAGCAAGCUGCGCCAGCACACCGGCGCCGGCUGGCUGCAGCGGGUGAGGCGCGCGGCGGUGUGCGCGCGAGGCGCCCUGUCCGCCACCGCCGCCGCCACGCCCGCUCCCGCCGCUCCUCCUCGGUGGCUGCGGAGUGUCGAUGUCAUGGGUCGUGUGUUCUACGUCAACACAGCCUCCCGCGCCACGGCAUGGGAGGCGCGGCAGCUCGACGCGGCGCAGUGGCGAGAGGAGCUGCGCAAGCGAGGCGCCCCCGACAUCUACGCCGCGCCUCCCCCGCCCACGGCGCACGGCUCUGCCGACGCGCACACCCUCACAAGCGCGCACGGCUCCGCCGACGCGCGCAAGCUGCUCCAGCUGCCCCCCGUCGCUUCCCCCGACUUCGGCGCCUGA